AUGGUUUCCAAAGCCUGGCGUGUCCGCUUUGCUCCUUCUUCCAAGGCCACACCCCCGAUCCAUGGCCCCCCGAAAGACACAUCCCUCGACUCCACUGUUCUCCGCCGACAGCCGAAGAGCAAGUCAGCCUGUCGAGAGUGCAGGUUGCGGAGGGUGAAAUGCGACGAGACAUACCCUGUGUGUCGACACUGCGCCCGACGGGGAACUGUCUGCACCCCGGCGCCCCGCAAGACCAUGUGGAAACUGGAGCUGCCACUCCUCAUCCAACAGGCAUCCUGCGGAGAUGGGUUGACGCCGUCUAUGCUGCUGCAGUACUACUUUGAGCAGGUCUGCCACAUCAUGGUGCUUGACCCUGACAUCAACCCGCUAGCCUUGCCUAUCCUGGACCUCUUCAAGGAGUCGUCAGCUCUCUUGCAUGUUGUACAGAGUAUUGCCGCUGCACACAUGAAAGGUUUCCGCGAUGCCAAUACGAGCGACUGCCUCGUUGAGCGUGGGCAGACAUUGCUAUGCAUCCAACAAGAGCUUCUGCAGACUCGAAAGAAGGCAAUCGCCACAUUUCUUGCCAUCUUCUUACUGGGCAUUUCGUCACCCUGGAUCGAAGGAACUACUGGCCUUGAACACCUGGUGGGCGCUCGAGCCCUCAUCGACUCCAUCUUGGGCGACCCUACAGCCGACCCUUCCGAUCCUGCCAUACAGCUCAUCGUGGGCAAUUACAUCUGGUGGGAGAUGGCAGCAUCGUUCAAUCUGGAACAUCGAUUACACCGGCCACUAUCCGUCGACUUCAUCUCCAAAGCUGUCGAGGCUAGCCAGCGAGAGUACCAUCCCAUGGCAGGAUAUUCUUUAGGCAUGUUCUACGCCGUUGCUAAAGUGACGCAUUACUGCCGUGGAGUGGUAGAUGGGCAGUCUCGCGAUCUUGCGCUCGAGGCAAUCCUGGAGGACGAAAUGCUGGCAUGGACCCCCAGCCAAGACAAUGAGCUGCUCUUCCUUUUGAGCGAUGCAUAUCGAAAACACGGUCUGAUUCAACUCUACCGAAUAUGCGGUCGUGAUACGGAGCUUUUUGAUGUGGGCGGCGAAACUAUGAUACAACAAUGGGCUAGCGAGGCCAUGGAGGGUUUGCUGCGAAUACCCCCAACCUCGCCGUAUCUCAACUUUCAGCCUAUCCCCCUCAUGUCUGCCGCUUCUGAGAUACCGGCCGACAAGCUUCAGCAGCGAGAGGAGGUGAAGAUUCGAUUCAAGGCCAUAUACUCUUUGACGCGUCUUCCAGUCAUGUUGGACGCCAUUACCCUUCUCGAGGAAAUAUGGGAGCUUAGGCGUCUGGGGAUCACAACUACGUGGCUUGUCAUUUUGCUUGAGAGAGGCCAGGUAUUUCCACUUGCCUGA